AGCAUUCAGUUUGUCUUUCGAAUUGAUACGUAACACUAUUCUUCAUUGUCAGAAAACUCCGUUGCAAUUUACAAUCAAGUGCUAUCGAGAAUGAAAACACUCUGUAGAACUCCUACAGACUAGACCUGGCUUAAUGGUCAUGUUUGACCGGGAAACGUUCUCGUUACCAUUGGUUCUUAUUCAAAUCAAGUUAGUCGUGACAGUGAAUUUAUUGACAUUUUUGUGCUAAAAUAUUUGACUUUAAGUGGCGAUGAGGCGGCGGUGGAGGUCACUCCAAGUUUUGGUCGCCAUUCUCGCGGCUUUCCCGCUAGUUUUUGGGUUAAGUCGCGUGCAUAGGACCCGGCGGGAUGCCCUGCCUGUGGUGCUCGUGUCUGCUGAGGGCGGACGCACCGCAUCUGUUGAGAACCACGAGGCUGGUCUUCAGUACCAGCUCAUGAAUGGCAAGGGCGGCUACGAGUUCGGCUACGACACCCGCGGUACAAAGGGCGGCGCCAAGCACUUCCGACACGAGCGGCGCGACGACGAUGGUUCUGUCAGCGGCCAUUACGGCUUCAUCGACGCCAACGGCGACCUGCACAUCAUCGGCUACGUCACGGACGGACAGGGCAACAGGAUUCAUACAGAAUCUCACAAAAUUGAAGACUACGGCGACAAUCUUGACAGCCUUCUGGAAAGUAAUGACGAUUCGGAAGAAGAUUCUACAUCAGUAACAGCUAAAAUUCAGAAAAUUAUUAAUGAACGAUCAAGUAACCAUGUCAUAAGCCAGAGAAGAAAUGGCAAGCCUGCAAAAAUAUCGUUAGCAAGCCUCAUAUCUUCAAGUAGGGGAAUUAAAAAUCCCAAACCUGGAUCUGGUGAAUCCAAAAAGGGUAUCCGAAAAAAGGCUUCAACUCCAGUAGGUGAUGGCCCUGAACCUUACUUCGAGGACUACGCGGAUAUUCCCGAAGAAAAACCAAAAGCCGUUGCGCAAGAUCGCGUGAAAGGCAAACAACGAAGCCAGGACUCAUUCUUCAAGCAGACAGGUUCUUCAAAAAAAGGAGCAAUUCUUGUGACACCUCCGGGCCCUGUUUUUGGAACAUCCAGGUCACCAAUCUUCAUAGAAUCUCCUUCGCAAAUAUUGUCUUCGUCGUCAAAUGACGAUGAGCAUAGAACGCCUCCCACGUCUCCAGUUCCAUCACUUUUCCCUGACAUCCCCAACAUCGAUUUAUCGCCUCGGUCGACAACAAAAGCCCCUACCACGCCUGCAUUUUCCCUCGAAUCAGCUUUCCCUGGUAUUUUCGGAGUUGAAGUUGAUAGUACACAGAAUGAAAUAUCAGUUGAUGAUGGCGAAAAUCCAAAUGAAGACUGGAGAGGGAGAAGUGAACCAAUUAUCUUAUUCACCACACCGAAAUCAAAUGAAUUUGAUGCCCAGACAUCAAAAAAACAGUCUUUAUUUCCUAAUAUUCCGGAAUUCGAACUUACAGACGGACAUUCUACUGGACGAAACAUUUUCCACGCUUCUGGGACACUCGGCACUGGGUCCAUUUCUUUCAACAAUGGAUUUUCAGGAACUGGAUCAUCUAAUAUAAUUAAUAGCUUUAGAGGACAGGGAACAGCUGGCAACGGAGGAAGUUUGGGACAAAAUAACAUUCAAAACAACUUAAAUAAUGGAAACAACGCCAUUAACCUACGAAACAAGAACCACAAUAUUUUUCACGCUUCUGUAAAUGGAAGCCUUGGAAACAAAAACAUUAAUCAACAAAAUACCCAAAAGGGUUCAAACUCUAACAACGUCCCAGAAGAUUCAUCAUCAUCAGUUGACAACUCCGUACACGGCCAGAACACUUUUAGGAGUCAGCUUCACGAAGAUAUAUUCAACAAAAAUAAUGGAGGUAUAAAUAAUUUCAACGGUGACCGUCAAUUCAUAGCCGACUCGAACGGAAAUUCUUUCAGUGUCCAGGGCCAAGGGGCGUUAAAUUCUAAUUUGAAUGUAUUCAACGGGAACGGCGGUAGCAACAAUAAUGCUUUAGGGAUCAGUGGCAACAAAAAUUUUGGCACCGGUAACGGUCACAAUGUAAACAAUUUCGGGAACGGGCAACUGUUAGCCGGCGGAGUGACUAUUAUCGAAACCAAUAGCAACGGACAAAUUCUCAGUCACAGUCACACUCCUGCCCCAGGAAUUCCCUUCACCACAAUCACCGCCAGCGGGAACAACAAUUUCGGUGCUAAUGGCAACUUUGGUGGCACAAAUAACUUAAACGGCGUUAGUAAUCACGGAAAUUCAGUCAACAACGGAAUUUUAGGCAACAGCAAUUCUGGUAACAGUCAGGUCGUAUGGGGCAACAGCAACGAUAAUCAAAACUCUUUCGGAAGCCCUUUUGGCAAUAAUCCCAAUUUAGGAAAUUCGGGUAUAAUCAAUUCGGACAACUCUCAUGCCAUAAUCAAUGGUUUUGGAAACGUCAAUGCAGGAGUUACAAACCCGAAUUUCGGGAAUACGAACAAUAAUUUUAACCACAACAAUGGCCUCGGAGGUUCAGUGAUCACCAUAAGCACUGCCAGCCCUCAAAAUUUCGGCCAAAACAGCAUCUUCAUUAAACAUGACGGUGACAUCAGCCAUGGGAUCUCUAACGGAGGAAACAAUCUCAUCGGAAACCAAGGACAGUUGCUAAGGAACGAUCUGAACAGCAACUCAGUAGGCCAGGUUGUUUCAAAUUUCAACGGGCAAAAUGUCCCGUCCAUCACGUUGGGCAAUCAACCAGUAAUCAUCAAGAGACCGUCUAUCAUCCUGAGCCAAGACCCUAUCUUCCCCCCAAAUCUUAACAAUCACCACAUCAUCCACACAAACACUCUAGGCAGCAACGUCCAGUCGCAUAUCCUGGGCACAGUUUCCAAUGGCAAUGUCAUUACUCAUAAUGGAAAUCUGAAUAAUUUGAAUAAUAAUGAAAAUAUUCACUCAUUCGGUGGCCUUCUGACAGAACUGAAUAAGAACAAUAAUGGAGGAGGCCAGGUUAGGGCCGAUGGUGCCACUAUUUUUCGGCAAAAUAACGGAAAUGGCGAUACUUCAAACUUUAUAAAUCCUAAUCAAUUCACCAACAAUAAUGGAAAUGAUAACAGCUUCAACAACAAUAACUUUAACAAUGGAAAUAAUAACUUGAACAGCAACAAUAACUUCAACAUUGGCAACAAUAACCUGAACAACGGAAACAAUAACUUCAACAACAACGAUAAUAAUAAUUUCAACAACAAUGGUGGAACUUUUGUCACCAACUCCCCGCCUUUCUUUACUACGAACCAAGGUGGAGGAGGAUCCUCAUUUGGACCAGAUUACAAUCCUGGUAGCAACCAAGGAGUAUUUGGAGGCACUACUCCAUCAUUUGCUGGAGGCCAAGGUAACCAACCAUCAACUAAUAAUCCUUUUACAUUCAAUACUACUCCAUUUCCUACUCAAUUUACUCCGACUUCGACUCCAGGAUAUAACAACGAUGGGCAGGAGGGUUCAACAUUACCAACCUCGGAUCAAUUUGGUGGAAAUGUUCAAGGAACCACACCUUUUACUGGUUACGGAGGAAGUUCAGUAGAUCCACCAGCAAAUACGUACGGAACUCCUGAUAACUCACCGUCACCAAAUUAUGGUCCUCCGAACUCGACCCCAGCUGGGGAAUACGGCCCUCCGGUAACAACCCCAUCGGGUGGAUAUGAUGCCCCAAGUUCACCUUCUAGCAAAUACGGAGCACCUAAUCUUCCCAGUGACACGUAUGGACCACCAGUGACACCUUCCGGAGAAUAUGGCGCUCCUUCGACGCCUUCUGGAGAGUACGGGGCACCUUCUCCGCCUUCAGGAGAAUAUGGGGCUCCUUCAACUCCUUCUACAGAUUAUGGGACUCCCACUGGAACCACGGUUUCCAGUUAUGAGACGCCUGGAUCCACUGGUUCGGCUUCUGGUUUCAGAAGCUCUACUUUUGCUCCAAAUUCUUCAAAAGGUACUCCAGUUCCUUUAACACCCAAGCCUGUAUCGUUUAAAGCCCCCACUAGGAGAAACAGAAUUAGACCAGUAACUGUUCCUUCAUUUGAGCCAGGCCCAACUGUUACAGCAAUCGCGUUCGGUAACAAUCAAGCUCAAGAUUUGAUACGCGGGCGCGAUAGCCUGCACCCUGAUCUGGGAGACGAUGUGAGCAUCACGGCACUAGGCCCACAUCGUUCCCCAGUCUUCAUAAACUCAACUGUUUAUGUAUCAACUACCCCACUUCCGGAAAUUCUUAGUGCCAUUGGCUUGAUCCCACGUCUUCGAACACCUUCAUCUCUUCCUCCAUUCACACGACAAAGAUCUGAAUUUACGACAGCUAGUUCAUUGUUUCCAACUUCUCCUUUCCCAACGACUCCAUCACCCAUUCGAACGACUGCUCGCCCGUUCAGCCAAACUCGCGGGACUCCAUCGAGACGCUUGAGGGAUGGAAUUGGUUCUCCACCAUUGGAACGAGAUCCUUCAAGCCACCCCAACUCUCGAAAAAGGCGACCUGGCAAUAGAUCUCGUCCUACGACUCUAGAUCCAUUACAUUCACCAACCCCAACUCCACCACGACCGAUCACGCCUCCAUUCUUUGGGUCUUCUACUCCAUUUGGUCCUCACUCUCCCAUCUUCCCAACUACACCGUUCACUCGAGCUGGGGGGCCGGGUGAUUUUCCUCCGCCACAUCCUGGAGGAUUUGGUCCACCCCCAUCACCAAGUUUCCCUCCUCCGUUCAUCCAUCACCUGCAUUCCCCUCAUCGUGGUCGGCCUAACCCAAUUGAUUCCGGAGGGGCUGUAUCAUCGUUCUCAACAACAGCUAUACCAUCUCACAAUAAUGGUCCUCCUGUUACUUCAUCAUACUCUUCACUCGACAGUGAUAGGAGCAGGUCAAAUCUCGCGGUAAAUUCUAGAGGUCGAACUAAUCUUUUCGAUAGCGACUUUGGAAGUCCAUCUUCCGGUGGCGUGCAAGUUACAACCAAAUCGGAUUCGUCUCAAAUAUCACAUUCUCUACAUGAUUCUGUGAACACUGACAAUUUUUUGGUAGAUGAAACUGAUUUAUCGAAAACCCUUUCCACUCCAAGCCCUUCCAAUACCAAACCUAAGAGAAGACGUAAGAAGAAGAAGAAAAAUAGCGGCGAAGGUGACCAAGCUCUCCCGAGAUCGCACUUCCCUUCCGUUAACUUGAUUGAAACGCACCCCAAUAUAGAUGGCUUUCAUGGAUUCAGACCCAGGCAUCCACCCCUACCGCCACCACCACCUCCACCUCCUAUAGUUCACCCAUUGACACCUCAAGAAUCCUUCUUUGGGUCACCUCACGAAUUUCAUCCCCAUUUUGCCGGGCCAAACCUAAGAGGUUUUCCCAGAAAACCUCCUAAAGAGAUCAGUUUCGGGUCACAUGGCGUAGCCAUCGACCACUUUCCUGGCAAUCCAGUUGACUCCAUCGACUUCCAAGCGAGCCUCGUGCACCCUCAGGUCCCGCAUUCCGCCACCUUCUUGGGAGUCUCGGAUUUCAUCGAUAGGGCCGCCUACGAGGACGCUAACCGCGCGCCUAAGACAAGAAAACGCAAGAAGGGUCGCAAUAAACGACGCAAGCCUCGCCGUUUCAUAGAAGAAGAAUACUUACUCUAAAAUUUGCUAGUUCUACAAAAUAUCCUGGAGGCUGGCAGAGAUUCAUUUACUAGUGUCAUGUCAACAUUUUACUAACUAAACUUGACGUUUCUAUCGACGAAAAGAGGAAAGACUAAUAAAGGUUACAAGUAACAAAAUGUAUCUAACUUAAAAUUGAACUGAAUUUCAGACCGUUGUAUAAUUUGUAACGAGUAACCUGAAUUAAAAUAACAAAAUGCAGAAGUCACAAUAAAUCUUACGGUUUUAAUAAUUAUGGAAAUUGAAUUCUUGCCAAACUCCCCCAUAAACACCGAUUUUUUAGGUAUUGAAGCUUAUUUUAGCCGAAAGAACAAACAGUGAUUCAAUACUGAGAAUAUAUUUAACAUAUAUUUAUAUAAAAAUAUAUAUAA